UUUUAUAUACAAACAAAUGCCUUCUUCUACUUUUACAACCAAGAUUCAAUCUGGCAAGGAUUUGUCUCCUGAAAGACUUGAACAAUUGAAUCAUUAUCUUUCUACACUCGAACCAAAGGAAAUACUCGAGUGGGCUAUUGAUUGUUUACCUAAUCUCUAUCAGACAACUGCAUUUGGCUUAACUGGCCUUGCUACCUUGGAUAUGAUCAACAAGAUCAGCAUCGAUCGUAAUCAAUCACAUAUCGUACCUCUCAUCUUCUUGGACACACUUUAUCAUUUUAAAGAAACACUGGAUGUUGCCAAGCGUUGUGAAGAAACAUACUCGGUCCCUUUAAAGACAUUCAAACCAAUGAAUUGCAAUACAUCCAUUGAUUUUGAAAGAGAAUAUGGUCAAAAGCUUUGGGAAACAGAUGAAGAUGCCUAUGACUAUCUUGUUAAAGUAGAACCAGCGCGUCGAGCCUAUGAGGAACUCAAUGUCAAAUCUGUCAUCACUGGUCGUCGUCGUAGUCAAAAAGGUGACCGUGAAGCAAUUCCUAUUCUCGAGGUUGACUCUACUGGUCUAAUCAAACUCAAUCCACUUGCAUACUGGGAUUUCCAACAAGUCUGGUCUUAUAUUCGUGCUAAUGAAGUUCCAUACAAUGCAUUAGUAGAUCAAGGCUACAGAUCUAUUGGUGAUUGGCAUUCCACAAAGGCCCCUGUCAAUGGCGACGAACGUUCUGGCCGUUGGUCUGAUAAACAAAAGACUGAAUGUGGUCUUCAUAAAGACUAUUUCAAAAUGCGUGCUGCCUUUAUGGCCUCUAAAAAGAAGAGAGAACAACAACAGCAAAGUAUGAUUGCUGCUUAAAGAGAUAUAUACGUCAUAUUUUAUAUUCAUUUGUAUCGCAUUCUUUUCUCAUUAUUUCUUCUAAAAAAGAAGAGCUCCGUGUACAUAGAACUUUUAAUAAAAUAUUCAAAUUAAC